AUGGGUGCCUUGGCUGACAGGCUUGACUCAUCUACAGGACUUCUGGUGCCUGUGGACAGCAUGGCGCCUGCACUGAAGCACACCAACAGGAACGAAGAUGGUAAAGCCAAAGGCAUUGGCCAUGCUGAUGAGGCCAACCUCACCAACAGCGAUGUGAAAAGCAAAACGAUGAAAACAAGACCCAGCAGGCUGCAUGAGGAGAUUGUGGCAUUUGCUGCACAGCUCACACCAACUGCUGCGGAACAUGAACGAUGUGAUGGGAUAAUCGAACUGGUCAGGAAAACAUGCUACGAGAUAUUUGGGACAAGAGCACAGGUGGAGCCAUUUGGGAGCUUCGUGAACGGCCUGGCAACAUCAUCCUCCGAUGUUGAUUUGGUGAUCUGUGGUCUUCUCAACCCAGACUCGCCUGGGGUGUUCUUUGGAAAUAAACAACUGCUUGCUGGUCAGCACCUGCGCAAGCUGAAGGACAAACUGCAAGAGUGCCCCAAGCUCCACAUCGUGGAUACUCAACUCAUUCAGCAUGCGAAGAUUCCACUGCUGAAGUUCACAACAGAAGAUGGGGUGAUGGUGGAUCUCUCCAUCAAUGACGACUCGGGCCCUAAGGCUGCCAGGUACAUUCUGGAGAAGGUCAGGCAGUACCCUCCGCUUCGGCCUCUGGCACUUGUGCUGAAGGCCUUCCUUAAGGCAUACCACCUUGCAGAUGUGAAGGAUGGUGGCCUUGGGGGUUUUGCUCAGGCCAACCUACUUGUUGCUCAUAUUCAAGAGACAAUGAAAGCUGGGCAGCCGACCAGCGAUUUCGGGGAGCUACUGGUGACCUUCUUUGACCGCUAUGCCAACCUUUUCAACCCGGCGCUCCAGGCUGUGUCAGUUCGCAUGGGUGGCAUCGUCGCCCGGUACUGGGUAGAGAACAGGAUGCACUAUAGUGCAGGUCGACGGGGUGGGCCCCGGCAUGGCAAGACGAUUCGCACUGUUGGCAACACCUUCAGCCCAAUGCUGGGUGAGCUGUGGGUGGUGGAGAACCCUAUUACUGCCCUUGACGUGGCCCAAGGAUCAUUUAACAUCUACAUCGUGAGGGAGCUCUUUGGCUGGGCAUGCUGGGCAUUGAAGGCUGUGAUGCCUGGGCGUGGUGGGCAGAAGGGUUCCCCAGGAGUCAGUCCUCUUGGGCUGCUGUUCAACAGGACCACGAACCCAGAGGACGCCUCCGCGCCUCACCACACGCCACGGCCAUCGACGCAGUUCCUCACGCCUCCGUCGUCUGGCGGUCGUGACGGCUCCCCGCUGCCAAUUGCCUCCUUUGCGAAUUCGGCCAUGGUGCCCACGGGCGUCGUGCCCCGACCCGUCGGCCGGCCCGCUGGCGCACCCCACUCCCGCCGGCCUUUGCGACCUGAGGCCACUCUGUCGCCGCUCGAUGCCAAGCCCGCCAACCCCAAGGCCCUCCCGGGUGGUCAAGGCGCGGCACAGCCAAGGCGCCGCGUCCCUGCUGGAUCUCACGAACCGGCAGCCAUCCUGGUGGUCAAGCCAGGGACUGGGCAUCUCGGCAGCGCGACGCCCGGCGGGGCCGUCCAGGGAGGGCCAUCCGCCGCUUCCCUUGUGGCGAUUGACCGCGCACUGGGAAGUGGAAACGCAGCCCUGUGCUGGGAGAUCGUUCAGAGGUUGAACUCAAUGGUACAAGCUGCUGAUGGAUCGAAUCCAGCCAAGGAGACUGCUGACGCCCCUCAAGCAUCAGACUGUGCUUUGAGAUCCCGCUCACAACUGGUGACGUCAGAUCCAGGCCCAGGGCCUUCCAGCCUGGGAAAUGUGAUUGAAGGGUAUGACUGGGACAUCGACAUCUUGGGUGGGAAGGAGGAUGGGAAGGACAGGAGCACUGACUGGGUACAAGGAGGGGAGAAAAUGGGGAGUCAACUUGCACAACAGCCAGCCAGAGCAUAUGGGCACUUGGGCAGAGCACAUGGGCAGAGUGCCGCAGAGCCAGUUGUGGACGGUGUAUGUGCACCUGACGUUGGUAUUGACGACGGUCAGCGAUCUGUGGCAGACUUAUUGGGCCGUCGUCACAGGAGGCUGCUGCGGCUAUUUCUGCAUUCACAGUGCCGUGACAUCGCAAUAGAGUACACAAAGCUUCUCCUGCCAUGUGGCAAGGUCUUCACGGCAGCCCUACGGGAGCUACUGCAGUUUGGAGAUGCCGAUGCAGUCCUGAGUGUGCUGAACUCCUGUGAGGAGGAUGGUGCUGCAUUGGACCAGUAUGCGUUCAGCACAAAGUUGUCAGCACUGGGCCGGUUGGGACUGUUGGAUGAUGCAAGGCAAGCAUUCAACAGAGAUCUUGAAGUCAGAUCGAGUCUGUAUAUCUUCAACUCGAUGAUGGAUGCAUACGCAAGGGUAGGAGACAAUGAGAGUUUGCAAGAGCUGAAGUGUUUGAUGAGUGACAGGGGAAUCUCUCCCGAUGCCAUCACCUAUACCUCCUUGAUCCGAUCCAUGGGCAUGGUAGGCAAGAUGGAAGAUGUGAAGUUGUUGGUGCAGGAAAUGCUGGCAGCUGGUCUACGACCCACCCCACACACCUUCACAGUAGUGUUCAAAGCUGCCGAAAGGAAUCGGAAUGCAGACGCAGACUGGUUGAUGGCACUGCCUGAUAUAAUGGCCGAUCAUGGUAUCCAAAUGAACCAGCAGAUACUGGGGGCGAUGAUCGCUGCCUGUUCAUGGGCCGACCUUGGCCCUGACCAGAUCCAGACGAUUUUUGAUUGGGUGGAAGACCUGAGGCAGCGAUCCAGGUGUGGCGACAUGGUGUACAAUAGCCUUCUGCUACUGUGUGCAAGGAGAGGCCUGAGUGAGAGGGUGAUGGACGUGUGGGACGCGCUGCACGAUGACAGGGUCCACCCAAAUGGGCACCUCUUCUCAGCUGCCCUCUCAGCAUGCAUCUCUGGGCAGGCAGUGCCCUCGCUGAUGAACUUUGCUGCCCGAGUGGCGCAAGAGCUGAUGCAUGAAUGGCGCACUGUCAAGAGCCGCACGUCAACCAAAUCCCGUGAGACUGCUUCUUUCCUUGGAGCAUUCAACUCACUCAUCAAUGUGCACGUGUGGCUUGGCAACCUCGAUGAAGCACUGGAUUUGUAUAAUCGUAUGCGUCACCAAGGCCCCAUGCCUGAUGAGAUCACCUACAAUACAUUGAUGUCCGCAUUCGCAAACACUGGGAGGGUGAAGCGGUCCAUGGAGCUGCUUGUAGACAUGCAGGAGGAUGGUCUCAAGCCAACUGUGAGAACAUAUGGAACUCUGCUGAAUGCCUGCGCCAAAGCACUGGAGGUUGGCCGCGCACAGAAACUGUUCAAGCACAUGCAGGCAGCUGGCGUGCCGCCAUCUGUGGAGUGUUACACGUCCCUGAUCGAUGCAUGUGUGAAGGAGGGCUCCCCAGCCAGCCUGGAAACAGCCUUUGUUGAAUUUGGCGCCAUGAAAGCUGCCGGCCUACGGCCCACAGCUGUGACCUAUGGAUGCCUUUUGGUGGGAUGUGAGAAGAUGAGAGAUACAGAUCAUGCAUUCUUGCUGUACCGGGAGGCAAGUGAUGCGGGUGUUCUGCCAACAGAUGAGUUCCACAAUACACUGGUAAACAUGUGCACCCGGGCUGAUCGCCUUGACGAGGCGCUGGAGCUGGUGAAGAGCUUGGCUCGCAACCAUGGUGCCAUCGAGCUCCACACACUCAACUCUCUGGUCCGCGCACUGUGCGACAACUUCACAGAACGCGCUGUGGCAGUACUGCGUCUGAUGCGAAACCGUGAGAUGCUGCCUUCUCGGGAUACGUACCUGUCACUGGUGACAGCAUGUGCCAGGGACGGCAACUGGGGCCUAGCCAUUCAGCUGUGGCGAGAGAUGCAGACGAGGGGAAUGGAGGUGGACAGGGUCGCAGGGUCGAUGCUGGUGAUGAGCUUGUGCCGGGCAGGCGAGCUGGCAACGGCGUUGCAGGUGGCGGACGACAUGCUGACAGCAUCCGCCAUGCCUAGCCUACGUAAGGGCAUGGACGUGGAGCAUUUGGGGGACGUAGAGCCGGACCGAGUCGUCCACAGGCACGCCUGUCUGCCUGAUGCACUUGCCCUUGGCUCCUUGGCACAUGCACUGGCUCAAAAUAGUGAACCGAUGGCUGCACUAAGAGCCUUCAAUCAGAUUCGGAGGCAAGAGGGUGACGCAGGCCUCUGCACCCUAGUGUCAAGAUCGAGGCACGUUUUCGAAUCGCUGAUCGAGGCUUGCUGUCGCAAGGGUCUCACAGAGUCUGCUCUGGAGGUGUUUGACGAAUGGAAGGCUGCGGCUGCGAUGGUGAUGGCCCAGAACAGGGUGCAGGGCGGGGAAGAGUGGGCGUACAAGAGGUGCACUCGCUGGGGAAUUAUGGCCCUGUUGGUGCCCUUGAUACAGCUGGUGCCAGUGACGACCAGACCAAUCUCUCCCAGCCCUUAUUGGGGCUUCAUUGCACCAGUUUGUGGUGGAUACACAACUUUGCAAUAUGUGGCGAUUGGGUCCAGAGAGCACAUUUUGUGUGCUGUUGUUGCUGUUAGCAUUUUGUACAAAAACAGUGGCUGA